GCCGCCGACGGUGACUCGGUGAGUCCUCAUCGACUCAACCGCCGGCAGCCUGACCCCAUGUCCCGUCCGCCUACACUGCCGCCGGUGAGUGCCCCGUUUUCAGUUUCAGUGUCUGCGGAAUCAGAGCCGGGGUUUUCGCACGCGGGGGAGCACUCGGAGUCUCAUCUCUUUCGUGCAAAUUUGGUACGAGCUGAUUGGAAAGUCCGAACCUUUUUCGGGGUAAGUCCGUGUUCCAAACAACCGUUCUUCGAUUGGGAUUUCAGUCACCUAGUCGAAUUCGGAGUGAGGGAUCCCUUGAUUCCGUUGCUGAUCUAUAAAUUUAGAGCCACAAGGCUGCCCUCGGUGUGCUUCUCCCGGAGAUCCAGUUUUGGCCCCCGCGGCAGGAAGCGACUCAUUCAUCUUCCGCUAGAGAGAUCCUGUUCUGGUUUGCCCCAAUGGAGAUGUGCAUCAGAGACGGGAUGAUGAGCCUAGGCUGCCUGUGCCGUCUGGUCUUGCGAGCUUUGCCCAAGAUCUUAGCUUUUUCUCCCAGUUUACUCAAGACAGUCCAAAGAGAUGACCAUGCUCAUCCACCACUCAUGGAGUCAGCUAUUGUGGGCAGUGAAUCGCUGGGGCUGCCGCAGGACAUCCUGAUGGAUAUAUUUGCCCUCCUGGAGAUCCCUGACCUUGUGCGUGCAGGAUCAGUCUGCUCCUCAUGGCACGCCGCCUACACCAGUCUGUGCGUCACUGGACCUUGCAGGCUGCAGCAGACACCAUGCCUCCUGUACACCUCUGAAUCUGCCGGUGCGAGGGCCGCAGGUCUUUACAGCCUCACGGAGAAGAAGGCCUACACAGUGACUCUCCCAGACCCGCCUAUCCGUAGUAGGCAUAUCAUCGGCUCCUCCUAUGGUUGGAUCAUCACUGCAGAUGAGAGGUCUGAGCUGCACCUAGUCAACCCCAUCACCGGCGAGCAGAUUGCCUUGCCAUCGGUCACGACCAUCGAGCAGGUGAAGCCAAUCUUUGAUCACGAAGGCGCCGUGUGCAAUUAUGAGUAUUCGUGGUACACUGGAGAUGAUAUCAUUUCAGACACACCGUCAAUCUUUGUUCCUAGCAAGCUGCGGGAUUUCCUCUUCUAUAAGGCCUUUCUGUCUUCGGAUCCGGCCAUGGGAGACUACUUCGUGGUGCUCAUCCACAACCCACAUUCGCAGCUUUCGUUUGCAAGGGCAGGGGACGAUAAGUGGACCUGGUUGCCACCACACAGCGACUAUGCAGACUGCUUUUUUAAGGGGGGGUUGUUGUAUGCAUCCACUUUGUUAGGGGAAAUCCAUACAAUCGAUCUUGGUGACCCUGCAGUCACACAGGAGAUAUUUUUGGGCAAGGUGAAAGAUAUUUAUUACGAGAGAAUUUACAUUGUUCAAGCUCCUUGUGGUGAGCUGCUGCAAAUAUGGAGGUCUGAUGCAGAUGAUGAAUAUGAUUCAGACUUGGAAAUCGAGUUUGACCGUGAAUCUUAUGUGUCCAUUACCUCCGCGAUCAAGGUUCAUAAAGUGGAGCCUACAUCAAAAAAGCUUGUGGAAAUAAGUAGCUUGGGUGAGAAUGUGAUGUUUCUCGGGCACAACCAAUCACUUUGCCUCCGUGCUGAAGAAUAUCCGCAGCUGAAGGCAAAUCAUGUCUACUUCACUGAUGAUGACGAUCUCUAUAUUAUGGGAUUCCAAAAUAACCGUCGUGAUAUUGGUGUAUUUGACUUGGAAAAUAAUAGCAGCGAUGAAAUAGUAUCCCCUCAGCUUUGGUCCAACUGGCCAGCCCCUGUGUGGCUGAUUCCGAAUCCCAGGAGCAUAAGUUUAGCAUCGCGCAAUUAGAUAUAUGUAGCUUCAUACCUCUUUUCCUAUGUAUUUAACAGCAUGCUGCCUGUGUUUGUGCUGCAGUUGUCAUUUUUUUUCAUGAACAAGUUUCAUCUCA